CGUCAUCAUCGCGUAAAUUUGGGAAAAACUCCCUAAUGAGACCUUACUUCGCCUGGUAUUAAAUUCAGUUUUCAGAAACCUGAGAAAUAUCACUGGUGAAUUAUUAUGAUUUCAGAGGAUGCCGAACACUCUUCAGAACCUGAAGUUUAUAAUGACACUGAAACGACAAAGAGUGAGAGGAUAUCUCUGCACAUGAUAGCGAGGCGGCAUCUGAAGAAAGAAAUCACGUCCAGCUACUCGCAGGAGGAGAUUUUGGAUGAGUUGAACAAGAUCACACAUCUGCGCCUCGACCGUGAAAGCAUCCAGAAUAUUGACCAUCUUGAGCUGUUAGGAGGCUCAGUCACGAACGUGUAUCUGCAACAUAAUCGAAUUGAAGUGAUAGAAAAUCUGGAGUACCUUUCCAACGUCAGCUUCCUCACUUUGUCAAAUAACAGGAUUGAACGAAUUGAAAAUCUCCUUCCUCUGAGAAAACUCAAGUUUCUUGACUUGUCUGAGAAUCUUAUCAAUAGCUUUGAUAUAGAUGAAAUCCCCCAAACUGUCAUCAUUUUGAACCUGGGUGGUAAUCCAUGUACGAAUAAAGCGGACUAUCGAGGUCGUAUAAUUCAAGAUUUACCCAAACUGCAGCAGCUGGAUGGCGAAGAUGUGACGAAGGUGGAAAAAAUGGAGGCUGGGUUUGUCGUGUCUGAUUCGGAGGAAGAUGAGGAGGAGAGCGGGUCAUCGGAGGAGGAAGAAGGAGAAACUCGGACACAGAAUUUUUUCUCGACUACAAUGGAUGGUCUGAUGAAGCGAUCACAGAAACGCAUCCAGGCGGCCAUUAAGGAGCACAGUCGAAAAGACAGAAUCUUGACCGAUCUUCGUGAGGACCUCCCACCCGAUACCGCUCGUUCCUUGCAGGGGAUCCGAGACUCUAGAUUAGGACUCGCAAAAUAGCAAUUAGGAAUGAUGUUGUCUAUGAAGUUACUGUGAACCGUGACAUUUUUACGAGCAUUUAUUUUCGAGGUUUACAUGUACAUGUAUGUCCCAUUAAAGGGACACUAUAGGCAGCUGCUAGGUAGGUGAGAUAAAGUUACACAAAGUCGCCAAUAGGGGCCUCUCCCAUCUCACUGAAUGUCAAAACUAUUCACGCUUGUACAAUCAAUUACAUUGACUGCUAAAUCUAACAUGACUGUGUCCUCACUGUACAUAUUAGUCACCUAAAGAUGGCUAAUUGAACUCCCCUGCUCCUGCCUAUAGUCCCCCUUUAACACGAACCUUACAAGUGCGAACAUUUCUACUGAUACAUUAAAUUUCGGCACCAAGCACAAUAGUCCAGCCCCGAGUUGAAAUCAGCAAAUUUGCCAAAUUUUAGCAACGCAAAAAUUUCCCGGUUCACAGUGUUUGACACAAUUCAAAUCCGUCCAGAUUUUCUUUGUAUUUAUUCGAGGCUCUCCUCAAUUCUUUGACUGCAGAUCUACAGUGUACAUAUGUCGUACUAUCCAGUUUGUUCCUGAUUGUGGAGACGAAAACAGAUGUGCUUGGGGAUCACCUGAUGCUGUCAAAGGUAGUUUGCCAUGGCAUUUCUAUACAUUCUACCAGCAGUUAAUGAGAGGCAGUAUUAAUCUGGCCUCACCCCAUACAUCCAAGUGCGCUGAGCUUAAAGGGUUAACUCCAGACGAGACAAACCAUUUUCCAGAUAGGGGUGUUCCACGUAGUGCCUGUAAUGCAAUGCAUUAGUACUAUAGUUACAGGUGACCCCCCUAUUGGGUCAUACCCAUUCACUCAUGGCCAGGUCUCAAGUGUCACCAGUUUAAAGAUUGUUCUUCAUAGAUUCAUAAAGUUUUCUCCAUGUACUGCCUCUUAUUGACUGUUUUUUUUAAAUUUCAUGUUUUGUAUAUUAUGAUAAAAAAUGAUUUUGUAACACUUAGUGUGCUUUUUCAUGUUGGAAAAUUUGAAUAAAAUAUACCAUGUAUCAA